AUGAGGGCCUCUAUAGGCUCUCACAUCUCCUGGCGGUGGCAUGCUGCCCUUGGAGUCUCGUUACUGGGCUGUAUUGCUAAAGCUGCCCCGGCUGUGAAUGUGGCGCUCCAGGCCUCAUUCGACUCGGCCCCAUACCUUGUCGAGCUCUUGGAAUCUGCUGCUGAAGAAAACUCCACUGCGUAUUUCCCCCUACUGGAUCGCAUUGCCGAUGGCACUUUCGAGGACCUCACGACGGAGAAGGAGCUUUACAACCGCUUUUUGACAGUCAUCCAGGAUGAUGGCCACCUCCAGACCCCCGAAAGCCUUUCCUCAUUCAAGUUAUCACUUUCUCUCCGAUCGUCGGCGCCGCGGAUUGAGGCACACUUCCAGUUCUAUAACACCUCGGUACAACAGUCGUUGAUGGUUGCCCAAGAUGCGGUGUGUCCGGUUUGGAUCCACUCAGAGGGCAAGCAGUACUGCUCGUCAACGAUGGAACGUGCACAGCAGGAUGUUAUGGGAGAAUUGGAUCCCAGAGCACUGCCGUUUGACCGCGUCCUGGGUGACAUAUCGCUGCCCCCUGCCGUUCUAUACGCAGAUGUGUCUUCUCCGAUGUUCAGGGACUUCCACGACACCCUGAGUGAUAUGGCAAAACAAGGACAGAUCUCGUAUCGCGUGCGCUACCGACCUCCUCAGCACUGGAGCUCUCGUCCUUUGUUUGUGUCUGGAUACGGCGUGGAGCUUGCUCUGAAGCGAACAGAUUAUAUCGUGAUCGAUGACCGUGAUGCCGAGCAACUUGAACAAAAGGGCUCCAAGAACGCUGCAGCUGAUCCGGACGAGAUUAAGGAAGAUGCUCCCGAUGAUCUUCAGCCUUUGUCUUCCUCCGAGGUCACUCGUCUGGGUCUCAACGCCGUAAGCUAUGUUAUGGACAGUGCUGAUCCUCUCGAUACAUUGAUCAGAAUGUCCCAGAAUUUCCCCAAGUACUCAUCGAUAGUAGCGGCCCACAAUGCCUCCGGGGAAAUGGCACAAGAGAUCCGCCACAACCGCCUUAGAACACUACCGGGUGGCUAUAAUGUCAUGUGGAUCAACGGUGUCCAAAUGGACAACCAGCAGAUUGAUGCAUUCUCACUUCUGGAGCAUCUCCGUCGAGAGCGCAAACUGAUUGAUAAAUUCCGCGGACUCGGUCUCUCUGCAUAUGAUGCCGUGAAACUGUUGUCACACAGCCUUGUCACUGAAGCCCAAGAUGGAGGUGAGGAGCAACGGUAUGACUACCGGGAUGACCUUGAAGGAGGUCAGGUCAUUAUCUGGCUGAACGAUAUGGAGAAGGAUGAUAGAUACGAGGCCUGGCCCAGCGACCUUGACUCUUACCUUGCCGGCUCAUAUCCAGGACAACUGCCCGCGGUCAGACGGGAUUUGCACAAUGUCGUCGUGCCUGUCGACUUGUCCGACCCAGAUCAAAUGAUGCUUGUCGCCGGAAACCUUCAGACCUUCAUCAAGCGAGGCAUUCCUGUAAGGUUCGGCUUGGUACCCACCAGCUUGUCGCCAGAGUCCGUUGCGCAGCUUAAGGUAGCCCAUUACCUGUUUGAUGCCUACGGUCUGGAGUCCCUCAUGCAGUAUUUGCAAGACUCCGCCUCGAAAGGCAAACGAGGUUUCCCCGACAAAUCGUGCUUCCAAUCUGCGACCAAACAACAUGAGAUUAUUGGAGACCAUGAACCUCUAUCCCUCGAUCAAGUCUUGAAAAGCAAUAAGUAUAAUUCCCUGGCGACUCAAACUGCUACCUACCAGCGUCGGUUGAGCCUUACCGGGAAUACACCCCACUUCCUGGUAAAUGGUAUCCCGGUCUCCCGCGAAAGCAACUGGAUGCAAGGCUUGAGUAUGCAAGUCAGCAGGGACCUGAAGUUGGUUCAGCAGGGUAUUGCACAGGGCGUUUUUGAGGAGGAUGCGUGGCUUCCAGAGUUCUUCUUGGCGGGCGCACUUGAGAGACGUAACACUUUCCUUAUGCCUGAGGAUCCUAAGAGUGUCCGGAUUGUGGAUAUUGCUAGCAUCAUCGCGUCGGAAGAUGUAUUAAGCAAGUUCCCUCGUGUUGCCGCAGAAAGAGGAGCUCUGGAGAGCACUCAUAUGAUCGUUGUGGGCGACUUCCAGUCCAAGGAGGGACUGAAGCUACUGGUCGAUGCCCUUAAUCUCCGAAAGGAGAACGCUGAUGUGGAGGUUCUGUUUGUGCACAAUGCUGCAUCCGAUGCAGAGGAGACUUUCCCUAAGAAUCUUGCUACGCUCUAUUACUCGCUUGCGAAGGGCGAAAGUCUCGACCAAGCAAUGAUUAACAUUGCAUCCGAUGAUGAGUAUGAAGUCCCAGAGACUGAAACCCAAAGAAUCUCGGCGGCUCAGGCUUUGCACGCACGUCUGGCCUCAGAACUUGGUUUCCAACCUGGCACUGAAGGAGUGGUUGUCAACGGAAGGGCAGUGGGCCCCAUCGAGAAGGAAUAUCCGUUGAGUGUCAACGAGUUGAGCCAACUGAUUAGUUAUGAAUGGUUGAAGCGCCUCGAUGCCGUCGCGCGUGCUGUUUCCCAACUCGGAUUUGAUGCUAAGAUCUCUAACACGCUCGAUUUCGCCAAAUUGACCUCGCUUGUGGCAAUUUCCACCAUCUCGGAUGUCCCCGAAGGGAUUUUCGAGAACACUCCUGAUUUCAGAAUGGACCUAUCCGACAAAUGGAGGACGGAGCAUUCUGUGAUCACAGUUUCGAACUCCGAUGAUCCCCUAAUCCAUGUAGCCGUCAGCCUUGAUCCGGCAUCUGAGAUCGCCCAGCGAUGGUUGCCGAUUUUGAAGGUUCUCUCGAAACUCUCCGGUGUUGAGCUGAAGAUCUUCUUGAACCCGAAGGAAGAGCUCAAAGAGCUCCCGGUUAAGAGGUUCUAUCGCUAUGUUUUGCAACCGGAGCCAUCUUUCACGGAUGAUGGAGCUCUGGCUCGGCCUCAGGCCUCCUUUACUGGCGUGCCAGUCGAGGCACUUUUGACGCUCGGCAUGGACGUACCGUCAUCUUGGCUGGUAGCCCCCAAGGAAUCAGUCUAUGAUCUUGAUAAUAUCAAGCUGAGCUCGGUGAAGUCUGACACCAAUGUUGACGCCAUCUAUGCCCUUGAGCACAUUCUGAUCGAGGGCCACUCUCGUGACGUCACGACACAGACUCCGCCUAGAGGUGUCCAGCUCAUCUUGGGCACAGAAGCCAACCACCAUUUCACGGAUACCAUCAUCAUGGCGAAUCUGGGAUACUUCCAGUUCAAGGCACAGCCAGGCCUGUGGCAGAUCAACCUGAAGCCCGGCCGUAGCGAAAAAAUCUUCAACCUCGACAGCGUUGGUGGUCUAGGUUACCGUCCGCAGGACGGUGAUGACAACAACGAAGUCGCUCUGUUAUCCUUCCAUGGCCUGACACUGUUCCCUCGCCUGUCGCGCAAGCCAGGCCACGAUGACGAAGACGUUCUAGAGACAGGCAUACAGCCGGGCUCAGGCAUGGACUAUCUCACCAAGGGACUGAACUUUGCGUCCGGCGUCCUGUCCCGCGUCGGCGUCACCUCCAAAGGAGACGACCAACACGCAGACAUCAACAUCUUCUCCGUAGCAAGCGGCCACCUCUACGAACGCAUGCUAAACAUCAUGAUGGUCUCCGUCAUGCGCCACACCAAACACACCGUCAAAUUCUGGUUCAUCGAACAAUUCCUCUCCCCCUCCUUCCGCGCCUUCCUCCCCUCCCUCGCGCGCGAAUACAACUUCUCCUACGAAAUGGUCACCUACAAAUGGCCGCACUGGCUUCGCGCGCAAAAAGAAAAACAGCGCGAAAUCUGGGGCUACAAAAUGCUCUUCCUGGACGUCCUCUUCCCCCUCUCAUUGGAUAAAGUCAUCUUCGUCGACGCAGACCAAAUAGUCCGCACAGACAUGCACGAGCUCGUCACGCACGACCUCCAAGACGCACCCUACGGCUUCACGCCGAUGGGCGACUCCCGCACCGAGAUGGAGGGCUUCCGCUUCUGGAAACAGGGCUACUGGUCCAAUUUCCUGCGCGGAAAGCCAUACCAUAUCUCGGCCUUGUACGUCGUUGACUUGAAGCGGUUCCGGGCAUUGGCGGCUGGUGAUCGGUUAAGGGGUCAGUAUCAGAUGCUCUCGGCUGAUCCGAAUAGUCUUAGCAAUCUGGAUCAGGAUCUGCCGAAUCAUAUGCAGCAUCAGAUCCCGAUUCACAGUUUGCCGCAGGAGUGGCUUUGGUGUGAGACUUGGUGUUCGGAUGAGGAUUUGGAGACGGCUAAGACGAUUGAUCUUUGUAAUAAUCCUCUUACUAAGGAGCCUAAGUUGGAGAGGGCUAGGAGGCAGGUUCCGGAGUGGACGGUUUAUGAUGAUGAGAUUGCUAAGUUGGCUGCGAGGGUCGCGGGUGAGCAUCAGCAGGCUGCUGCUGGUGUUGAGUUUGUGCAGAGUGGUGAAGAUGAGAACCGCAAGGAUGAGUUAUAG